CAGCCGUACAGCCCAUCUGCAGAUAUGGGGGGCUCCGUGGGUGGGGGGCACCCAAGGGACACCUCUUGAUCCGGUUCUGUCCAACAAUCUUGGCUUCGCUUUUUGACACCCUCCCCCGGACGCCUGGGUUCUGCCUUCUGAGAUCACUCCUGGACGGAUAGGAAGGGAAGUUGGGCGGGGAGGGGGAAUCUGGAGGGUGGUCUUCAAACAGGAUGGAUCGUUUGCUGCUGCUGGCCUUGAUUCCACUCGCUCGAGGUCUGUCUUGCAACCAGGUUCCCUGCAAGAAUGGAGGCAUCUGUUUGAGUCACACCAAUGGGACUUUCUCCUGCCUGUGCCUUGCCGGCUACGUGGGAGAGACUUGCCAAUUUGUGGACCCCUGCACACCUGGGCGCUGCCAGAACAGGGGCACCUGCUCCCUCACGGCCCUUCUUCCCCCAAACGCCCCUGCCUACACAUGCCUGUGCCCUCCGGGUUUCACUGGGGAGGAUUGCCAGGGGGUGGUUGGAGACCCCUGCUUCCCUUCCCCCUGCCAACAUGGGGGGACGUGCCACUGGCUCUCCGGGAAAGAGUAUCGAUGCCAGUGCUUGCCAGGGUGGACAGGGAAGAACUGCCAGCUGAUGGACUUCUGCCCGGCGAAUCCCUGCGCCAACGGCGGGACUUGCGUCAUCACCUACCCGGUCAUCGUUUGCCAGUGCCGGCCGGGCUUCGAAGGGCACACCUGCCAGCACGAUGUCAACGAGUGUUUCGGGGACCCUCACCCCUGCCUCAACGGAGGCAGCUGUAUUAAUAACAUUGGCUCAUUCCGCUGCCUUUGCCCACCCAGUUCUACGGGUCCGCUCUGCCAGUACCGUCUGGGACCCUGUUCCCCAGAGACCUGCCUCCACGGCAGCACCUGCCACCCCGUUGAUGAAAGGUACCAUGGCUGCCUGUGUCCCCCAGGCUACACAGGUCAAUACUGCGAAGUGAACCCAGACGACUGCAUUGGGCAUCAGUGCCGCAACGGGGGAACCUGCCAGGAUGGGGUGGCAUCAUAUACUUGCCACUGUCUGCCAGGUUGGACAGGGCUCCUUUGCCACCUGCAUGAUGCCUGUCUGUGCAACCCAUGCCACCCCGAUGCGUUCUGUGACACUGACCUCCGGACCGGCAAUGCCGUCUGCACCUGCCAGCAAGGCUACGCUGGGCCCACGUGCUAUGAAGACAUCAACGAGUGCCUGAUGGGUGCAGAGCCCUGUGAACACGGAGGAAGCUGCCACAACACACCCGGAUCCUUCACCUGCCGCUGCCCCGAGGGCUACACGGGCUCUCGCUGCGAAGCGAACCUCAACGAGUGCCUCAGCCAGCCCUGCCACAACGGAGCCUCUUGCCUGGAUUUGCUGGGCCGCUUUCAAUGCCUCUGCCCCUCGGGCUUCAGUGGGCCAUUGUGUGAAGUGGCACAAUGCUCCAGAGAUAGCUGCCUCAACGGAGGAACCUGCCUGCAGCAGAGCCAUGGAGUUGCCUGCCAGUGUCCUCUUGGUUUUGAGGGACCCCGGUGCAAGAUGGAGGUGGACAGCUGUGCCAGCUCCCCCUGCAAGAAUGGGGGCCAGUGCCAGAACUCUGCAGGGAUUUUCCAUUGCUCCUGCCCUCAAGGUUUCGAGGGACACCAGUGCGAGAGAGACGCAGACCUCUGCCGCGCUGCCCACUGCGGUCAUGGAACCUGCUUGAACACACCGGGCUCCUUUACCUGCGUUUGCUCUUUGGGCUUCACGGGACCCCACUGCACAGAGCUCAGCGACCCCUGCCAGAACUGGCAGUGCCUCAAUGGGGGCAGCUGCCAUGGGGCAGAAUUUGGGCCACGCUGUCUCUGCCUCCCAGGCUGGACAGGACGGGAUUGUGGCAUGGAGGUAGAUGCCUGUGCUUCCAGCCCCUGCCACCCGGGGGCCACGUGCCUGAGUCGCCAAGGGGUCUUCAGCUGCAGCUGCCCCAGCGGUUACGUAGGUUCGACGUGCGAAGUAGAUGUGGAUGAAUGCACCUCCGGCCCCUGCCUCAACUCUGGGUCCUGCCUUAACAGCCCUGGGACUUUCCGCUGCCUUUGCCCUGAAGGUUACACAGGGCUCAAGUGCCAGGAGACUUUGGACUUCUGCUCCCCCAAUCCCUGCAGAAACGGAGGCCGGUGUGUAACAAAGGAAUCUGCCCCCUAUUGCAUCUGCCCCCCAGGCUGGGGUGGCUCGCAGUGCCAGCAGAGGGCAAGCCAGAAUGGCGACAAUUGUACUGGUCAAGCUGCAGAUCACGGUUGUCAGUUGCAGUGCCUACCGAAGGAGAAGUGUCCAAACGGGGGAACCUGUACCAGGACACAAGACGGGUUCCACUGCUUGUGCCCUCCGGGGACCAAAGGUCCCAAAUGUGAUUUGGACCCCUGUUCCCUUCCUGGCACCCGUUGCUACCACGGGGGGACCUGCCAGGCUCAGGCCGAAGGAUUUUCUUGCAUCUGCCCACCGGGAUACGUUGGUGAGAGGUGCCAGGGGGUGGUGGACGCCUGCUUCUCUCAGCCAUGCCACUGGCCUGGUGCCCAUCGCUGCCACUCCAGUGAAGAUGGCUUCCGAUGUUUGUGCCUAUCAGGAUAUACGGGUAUUCUUUGUGAAUCUUUGAUUGACAGUUGUCAGUCACAUCCCUGCCUCAACGGGGGAAGCUGCAGUGUGAUACCGGGUAACCCUCUUGAAUUCACCUGCCACUGUCCACAGGGUUAUGAUGGAACCACCUGUGAGCUGCGAGCCCCUCCUUGUGGAUCAUUCCACUGCCACAAUGGGGGUGUUUGCAUCGCCCACCCGUCUGGACCCCAGUGCCUGUGUGUGCAAGGGUUCUCUGGACAUGACUGCCACCUCCCCCCCUGCUCCUCGGGUUCCUGUCCCACCACCAAGGCCACCACGAGCUCCGAGUGCCGGCUGGUGUCAGGAGACCAGCGCUGUGACCGGGCCUGCAGCUCCCCCGAGACCAACUGGGAUGGCGGCGACUGUUCCCUGGGGGUGCUUGAUCCUUGGGGGUCCUGCCCAAAGCAGGAGCUGUGCCAGGCAGCUUUCCGGGAUGGGGAUUGUGAGCGCCGCUGCCAUAGCGAGGACUGCCUGUAUGACGGAUUCGACUGUGCCCUGUGGAAGCCUUGCAACCCUUUCUAUGAGCAAUAUUGUCGGGACCACUCCUCGGACGGGCACUGCGACAGAGGAUGCAAUGAGGCCUCAUGCGGCUGGGAUGGGGGAGAUUGUCGGUCUCAUCCUGGCCCGCUCGGGAACUCCGCCUUGGGCCUGGCUGUCCUGCUUCCCCGCAAGGACCUUCCCCAUUUCCUGUAUUCUCUGGCGGUCGCCGUGCGGACGGCGCUGCAAAUUCAGCAAGAUUCCCAGGGCAGGGAGAGGAUUUACCCCUACACGGGAAAGGAGCUGCUUGGAAGCAAGAGCAACUGGACGGAGGUUCAACCUGAGACUUUGGAGGAGACUGUUGGAUUUACCAUCUUCUUGGCCGUGGAUGGGAACCAGUGCUCAGGGCCGUGCUUCACAUCCCCCCCAAGUGUCCUGAAUUUCUUGGCGGCCUUAUCAGCAAAAGGAAACCUCGAGUCCCUGGUGCCAUACCCAGUGGUAGCUGCCUGGGUCGAGUCUGCGGGAAAUGAUCCCCAGGCCUCUGUUUCCCAUUUUUCGGGGCCUCUCAUAUACGGCGUUGGUGCUGCCGUUGUGGUCAUAGCGCUGGCCGUCUUCCUCGGAGUCUGGAGGAUCCGCCGGCCCCAGAGGCGCGAACACGGCUCCCUCUGGUUCCCCCCUGGAUUUGCUCCACACCAGGCCAAGAAGCGACGUUGCCGCCGGGACCCCGUGGGAGAGGACGCCAUUGGGCUCAAGCCAAUGAAGCCAAGUGCUGAAUUUGUAGAUGACCCCGACAUGUGCUCCAGCCCCCACUUCGAUGGACCGCUGAACUAUGCAGAUAUGGAGGGUGAUGCAGAUGCCGUCUCGAUCCCGGACCGAGGUCAGUCCAGGCCAAAGAAGCAGGUGCAGUUCACCACGCAGACCUCAAGCCAGGAGAAGGACCCCAAGCCGAAGGCCGCCAAGACUCAAAAGCCAGUUUGUGGCCUGACCCCCAUGAUGCCCUUGGCCCAUUCUCCUGGAUUGGACCUGGAGGGAUCCUGGGCAGAGGGGCAGAGGGGAAGCCCUGGAGAGACGCCCCUUCACUUGGCAGCUCGAUUCUCCCGUGCUGAUGCCGCCCGCAGGCUCCUGGCCUCCGGCGCCGACGUCAACGUCCGCGACCAGUGGGGACGGAGCCCCUUGCACAGCGCCAUCGCGGCCGAUGCACUGGGUGUAUUCCAGAUCCUUCUGCGGCACAGGCAUACGGACUUGGACGCAUCGGCGCACGACGGCUCCACCCCCCUCAUGCUUGCCACACGGCUUGGGGUUGAAAACAUGGUGGAGGAGCUGGUCGCCAAUCACGCCGACAUCAGGGCUGUGGAUAAGAGAGGAAAAACAGCCCUCCACUGGGCUGCAGCGGUCAAUAACGUCCGUGCCACCCUUGUCCUGCUCAGAAAUGGAGCUGAUAAGGACAGCCAGGAUAAUCGGGCACAGACCCCAUUGUUUGUGGCUGCCCAAGAGGGGAGCUACAAAGUGGCCUGCCUUCUUCUCCAGCACGGAGCCAAGCAGAACAUCCGGGACCACGUGGGCCGCCUCCCGAAGGACGUGGCCCUCGAGCGCCUCCACCAUGACAUCCUGGCCCUCUUGGACUGCCCCCGCCCCUCCCAUGUUGCCAGCCAGCAGCUCUCGCCACACAGGCCACGCCCCCAACCCCACCGGUCUGCCGGCAACCCACGCAGGUUUAAGUGGCAACCUGGCAACCAGCGGCUAACUCCGGUCCUAGAGACCAAGGGCCCUUUUAAGGAUCUCCCUGCUCCUACGCUGCCGAUUGGCCAGUCAGAAAAUGCUGUGGGGCCACCCGACGAGUGACUCUGCACCCUCUGGGUCUGGGUUGGCCAGAGGCUACAGCUGCGAGUCAGCGACAGCGGACUGAGCCAUGUCGUGGCGCUUCCUGAUGAGGUCAUGCGGGGCUGGGAUGAUGUCACAGGACGGCACCACGAAGGGAGGCAAUUCAGAGCCGAGCGGUGCCCGAGGGCAGAUUUAGACGUCCUGCAUGGAGGAACGAGGAGGAUCUUGUGUAAAACCGGAGGGCUGUCUGAGGACACAUCCGAGGUCAUGCAAGGUGUUGUUGCACGGGUCCGUGGCAAUGACAUGUCACACUGCUUGGAGCGUACGGAGAAAUCCUUGAUCAUAACUCGCUGUCGGAUAAUGGUGGACGAUCUCAGGCUACUGGGGUCAGAGUGGCCUUUCGCCCCGCUUCCCCAAGCUGCAAUUUCCCAAUAUACGCGCUGUCAUAGUUUGCUUUGCUUUAACAUUGGUGCAGAAUCAGAUAGACGGGGGUUUAUGAAGACCAGGCCUCGCAAUGAUUGCACACCAUCCCUGCCAUGUAGCACAGCUCAGCUCUGCCUGCUUAGAACCUCGAGGGCUCCUUGGAAAUCAGAACCGGGGAUCUGUUUUCUUGCGGCUAAUCUUUCCUGCUCUUCCUCCCAACACCUAAAGAAAAUUAUCAGGGAGAAGGGAGGAGCUCUGUCCCCUAACCCUUAGAAAAAUUGGGAGGGGGGCAUAAGAAGGGCCUGCCGGAUCAGUCCAAAUGCCCGUCUAGUCCAGCAUCCUGCUUUCACAAAGACCAACCAAAUGCCUGUAAGAAGACUGAGCACAAGGGAACUCUCCCCACCCGCAUUUCCCAAUAACUGAUAUUCGGAGGUGUGCUGCCUGUGGCAGUGGAGUUUGAGCCUAGACAUUGUGGCUCAUAACCUAAAAACAAUUGAAGCAAGUGAAGAUUUUCCUGACAGUGUCCUGGGGAAAGGAUUGGCUGCAGCGCUUGAAAAGUUCAUUUUUAAAAAGAGCUAGUUCAGGGUGUCCAAAAAAAAGAAAACUACUUCCAGUACCUUUGUGAUAUAAACUAGCUUGGUUCACGCUUGGUUUAGAUUUAACCAAAUUAUCCUUAGCAAAUACACACACACACAUUCAGCAUUCAAAAUGUUGCAAGCAGCUGUGCUGAAGCACAAAAUAUGCUUAGGAAGGCUAAGCAAAUAUCAACAUCCACACACAAAGUCGUUUUAAUGAUAUAUUUCCCCCAGCAAUUAUGAUCUUUAAGCUGAAAAGCCCAAAGAGUCUAAAGAGUAAAAACAAAACAAAACAUGUAAGCCAACGAACCUGAAAAUGAGCUAGAAACCAUUGAAAGUUCUACAAACACACACCCCCACACA